CUUGCUGGGCCGGUGCAAACGAAUCUGCCCUCUGUGCCCUGAUAACAUUGUGUUUGUUGCGGAGCGGGAAGAGCCUGCCAGCACACGAUAAGAGCAGAUGACUUUACUCUGGACCCGCUCCGGAUUGAAUUAUGCUUUAAUUUCAUUUUCAGUUCCUCUUUUCUUUUCAGGAGGAGAAGGGGGCUUUGGGUGUACAGGCAGGUCUGGGGGCUCCUGGACCCUUCUCUAGGCAGGCCAGUACCAUGCAGAGGGGAAGACAGAGAGUAAAACCCAUCCAGAUUCAUUUUCUGCUCUCAGGGAUAUAACCCUGAAGUGUCACCUUUGUUUAGGGUGUUCUGCGGUGUGGAUCUCCCGCAGCUCUCAUGGGAUCCCCUGUGGAGCUUUUGGGACUUGGGUUUUGCCUCCCACUGGAGCAGAAGCUCUCUGGGCUGUGAUGCUGUAGGUGGUGUUGGAGAGGGGACACUGGAGAUGCUCCAGAGGAGAGUCCUUGGGUUUACUCCAGUCUCCCAACUCCAGGUGACAGCACAGAAAAGGAUGCAGGAGGAUGCUGCAACAGGAUGGCCCCGCUGCCGUCAAGCGGGAGGAGGAUGACUUGGGCAAGUUCGUGGACUUGGACUUCAUCCUGGCGCACACCAGCAGUGGCGGGCAGGGGCCGACCGGCCCCAACUACCCCCUGCCCGAGACCCCCGAGAGCUGUGGCACCACGUACGACAGCGACGGCUCGUACUCCACGCCGGGCAAGUUCCCGGCGCCUUACCCCGAGGCCCAGGGCCACAGCUACGUGGCUGAGCUGCUCACCCCGGACCUGCCCGGCCACUACGACCCGCAGCGGAGGGAGUACACGGAGCUGCGGGUGCCCGGCGGCCCCCACCACCACCCUCACCCCCAUCACCACCCGCCCCUCCACCCGGCCCUAGCCCGCCCACUGCCCCUGGACCCCGCGCAGUCCUUCGGGCCCCGCAUCAAGAAGGAGCAGCCGGAGGAGCGCGCCUGCAUGAUGGGGAUGUCUGCCGCCGAGUACCUGGGAUCGGGCGGCGGCGAGCACAAGCCACGGGUGGCGCCGGGUCCCGGGCCGGGACCGGUACCGGGGCCGCCGCUGCCCUACCCGGGCUUCCCCCACGGCCGCUUGGGGCCCCCCGAGGAGCCGCUGCCUGGCGCCGAUCCCCACCUCUUGGCCGACCUGCCGCCCCACUACGCCGUGGCCCCGCACCGCUAUGCGCCCCACUUCGCUCCCCAGCCGCCACCGCAGUUUCAUGGACAUUUCAGUGUUUUCAGGGAGCCCCUGAAGGGCCCGGGCCCGGCGGGGCUGCCCGGGCUGCUGGUCACGCCGCCCAACUCCCCGGUGCUGGAGUACUUCCCGGCCGGGGCUCCCCCCGAGGACUGCAAGCCCAAGCGCGGCCGCCGCUCGUGGGCGCGCAAGCGAACGGCCACGCACAACUGUGAAUACCCGGGCUGCGGCAAGACCUACACCAAGAGCUCGCACCUCAAGGCGCACAUGCGGACCCACACGGGCGAGAAGCCCUACCACUGCACCUGGGAAGGAUGUGGCUGGAAAUUCGCCCGCUCCGAUGAGCUGACCCGCCACUACCGCAAGCACACAGGGCACCGGCCAUUCCAGUGCCACCUCUGCGAGCGGGCUUUCUCCCGCUCGGACCACCUCGCUCUCCACAUGAAGCGGCACAUGUGAGCGGUGCCUGCGGCCGGACUCGAUGUCCCCGGAGCCAGCUCACGGUGUAAAUAGUGUCGGGCCAGGGAUGGCAGUGGGGAGCAGCCUGGCCACCCAGCCCCCUCUGCUUGUAGUUGAUAACUAGUUUUCUCCUCCUGCUCCUGUGAGAGCUGGCCCAGCCAAGUGGUGGGGAAGGGCUGCUUUGGGGAUGUAUGUGGGGAGCAAAACUGUGAGAAACAUCUGCCCAGUCAUCACCACUCAGCUCCCCAUGCCUGGAGGGUUCCCCCCAGCCAGGUACCCAGUGAGUGGGGGAGCUGGUGCAUAAAGGGGUCUGUCCCCAGAACUCCUGGCUUGUAUUUGGCAUCAGCUUAACCUUCUUCCCCCAGAUUCUGGCACCCCCCUGGCUCUAGGGGCUGUGGUGGCUGACUGGCUGCUUUUUGGCUGGCGAACCAUGCCAGUUGGGCACAUUGGUUGUGGUGCUGGGAAAUGGGUUGCUGGUUGUCUCGGUUGUGAUCAUCAGAACAAACCUGACCCAAAGCCCAGAGUGGAUGGGGUGAGGGUGGGAUUUGACUGGCUCCUGGCUAUAAAGGUUUGCAGGUGUUGGCAGCACAGCGUCACCUUGCACAGAGGACAGGGAAGCUCCUGUCACCAGCCUGGGACCCCCCUGGCCAUUCCCAGUUUUCCACUCAAGAGCCUAAAAUGUCUCUCCUGGCUCUUGUCUGCUUUAUUUUGUCUUGUUCUUCCCCUCAGGAUGACACCAGGUACUGCUGCAGCUGCCUUCCCCAUGCUGCUUUUUUAAAAUUUAGUAUGUAAAGGACAGUGAGUCCAGCUAUGAAUGCCCAGGUCUCUGCUAUACUUGAAAUUUUUGUAGGGGGGGGGGACAAAAAAGAAAGCUCAAAAGAAAAUGAGUCUUUUUAUGUGCAGCUUCUGCAAAGCAAGUUGUAAAUUAAACAAAGCAGUAAUAUAUUAAUGUUUCUCUUUUUUUUUAAUAUAUUUUUUUCCAGCUGGGAACACAGAUGAGUCUCAGCUUUGGGAAGUGCACUGUUCCCAUCUGUGUAUAUUGUUAAUUAACAUUUCUCUGCUUGGGCACGUUAGGUCUCUUGCACUCUGAAAUGUUACUUUUCUUUAUAUGCAAACUGUUGAAAUAUUGUGAUCUGCUGUAUAAUAAAUAAACAAGAUGUAAACAUGAAA